AUGUCUGGAACAGUCUUGCACGUCCGCGCGGAGACCAAGCCGCUUGAGCAUCGUACGGCAAUCACACCGACAGUCGCGAAGAAGCUCGUCGAAGCAGGAUAUACUGUCAACGUCGAAAGAUCCCCUUUGAGCAUUUUCGACGACAGCGAAUACGAGGGCACUGGUGCAACCCUUGUGCCAUCGGAAAGCUGGACUGAAGUACCAAAGGAGCACAUCAUUGUUGGCUUGAAGGAGUUGCCCGAGGAGGACUUUCCAUUGAAGCAUAUCCAUGUGCAGUUCGCGCAUUGCUACAAAGGUCAACGUGGCUGGGAGAGAGUCCUCGGUCGUUUCCCACGCGGCCAUGGCACUCUCCUCGAUCUAGAAUUCCUCGAAGACGAGCAAGGCCGACGUGUGGCGGCAUUCGGCUAUCACGCCGGAUUCGCUGGAGCCGCUCUGGCCCUCUUGACUUGGUCACAUCAGCUGGUCAAUGGCAAGGACAGCCCGCUUCCAGGUGUUACCCCAUACGAGAACGAGGGUCUCCUCAUUGACAACGUCAAGAAGGCGAUCGAAGCUGGCAAGGCCAAGGGUGGCCGCCUCCCGAGAGUCCUCGUCAUUGGUGCUCUGGGUCGUUGCGGUCGUGGUGCCGUCGAUCUCUGCGUCAAGGCUGGUGUCGAAGAUAUCAUUAAAUGGGAUAUUCCAGAGACCAGCGCCAAGCCAGGUCCAUACCAGGAGAUCAUCGAGUCCGACGUCUUCGUCAACUGCAUCUACCUUUCCGCCAAGAUCCCGCCGUUCAUCGACGCCAAGUCGCUCUCAUCACCCAACCGCAAGCUGACUGUUGUCUGCGAUGUGUCCUGCGACACCACCAACCCACACAACCCAAUUCCGGUGUACGACAUCAACACUACUUUCGACAAGCCGACAGUACCAGUCAAGCUCCCAGCAGAGGCGAACGACCUCCCGUUGAGCGUCAUCAGCAUUGAUCAUCUGCCUUCGCUGCUGCCACGAGAGGCAUCAGAGGCAUUCAGCAGCGCACUUCUGCCCAGCUUGCUGCAACUGAAUGACUGGAAGAACGUCCGUGUCUGGCAACAAGCAGAGGAGCUGUACAAGGACAAGGUUGCGACGCUCCCAGCAGGUGCCGUCGACUGCAAGGCAGAGUUGACGGCCACCCAAUCGUAA